AUUUCCCAACUCUACAAUGUCACAAUCUUCAGACAAGUUUAAGAUGCUACAGCAACAGCAGCAACAACAACUGUUACAACAGCAGCAGCAGCAGCAGCAGCAAGCUCAGUUCUCAAAUCCAGAGACUCCUGGCUAUGUGGGAUUUGCCAAUCUCCCUAAUCAGGUGCAUCGCAAAUCUGUGAAGAAGGGGUUUGAAUUCACACUCAUGGUAGUUGGUGAGUCUGGCUUGGGCAAAUCGACGUUAAUAAACAGCCUCUUUCUGACUGACCUCUAUCCUGAGAGAGUUAUACCUGGAGCUGCAGAGAAAAUUGAAAGAACAGUCCAGAUUGAGGCUUCGACUGUUGAGAUUGAGGAGCGUGGUGUGAAGCUGCGCCUGACUGUGGUCGACACACCAGGAUAUGGGGAUGCUAUCAACAGCCAGGACUGUUUUAAGACAAUUAUUUCAUAUAUUGAUGACCAGUUUGAGCGGUACCUUCAUGAUGAAAGUGGAUUGAACAGACGGCAUAUUAUUGAUAACCGGGUCCACUGUUGCUUUUAUUUCAUCUCUCCUUUUGGUCAUGGACUGAAGCCCCUGGAUGUGGAGUUCAUGAAAGCUAUACACAAUAAAGUGAAUGUUGUUCCUGUCAUUGCAAAGGCAGACACCCUUACACUGAAAGAAAGAGAGAGACUCAAAAGAAGGAUCCUCGAUGAGAUAGAGGAACACAGUAUUAGGAUAUACCACCUUCCAGAUGCGGAGUCUGAUGAGGAUGAGGAUUUCAAGGAGCAAACCCGAAUCCUUAAGGCCAGUAUUCCUUUUGCUGUGGUUGGAUCAAAUCAGUUGAUUGAGGCAAAAGGUAAAAAAGUCCGAGGGCGUCUGUAUCCAUGGGGAGUGGUGGAGGUGGAGAAUCCAGAGCACAACGAUUUCUUGAAGCUAAGAACAAUGCUCAUCACGCACAUGCAGGACCUGCAGGAGGUGACCCAGGAUCUUCACUAUGAAAACUUCCGCUCGGAGCGUCUCAAACGGGACGGCAGGAAAGGGGAAGAGCAUCCUCAGGAUAAGGACCAGAUUCUGCUGGAGAAGGAAGCUGAGUUGCGCCGCAUGCAGCAGAUGAUUGCCCAGAUGCAGGCUCAAAUGCAGAUGCAAAUGCAGAAACCAGGAGGAGAUGGAGAUAGCAGUAGUGUGCACAGUCAGCAUGUCUAAUCUGGAGAACAAAGAUUGAAGAUCACCUUGAAGCAGAGGUGGAGAGGGAUUUAGAGCGUGGAUAAUAAUGGUAGCCAGUGUUGACAGCUAUUUUAAUGUUUAGUUCACAAUGCAGUAUUGUAAUGUUUUGUACCCUUAUUUUUGCCAAUUUUUAAAACUGUGGUAGUUUCUCUUUUUUAUAUAUUGUACUGUGAUGAUCUUCCAUUACACUUUUCUUUGUUAAUUUUUGUACCCAUGAAGUUGUAGCUUUUUAGUAUGAAGUAUUAACAACACUGGUUAAGGGUGCAAAAGCCACUAUUAUUGGGAAAACAUUUGCUUAUAAAGGAACUGUAGCCUAUUCUAUUAAAUAAUACAAUCUGGUUUAAUGUGCAAGGUGGGGAAGGUGUGGAGAGAUGAAUAAGGUAUUGCUGAUCCAUUGUCUACUGCAGAAAGAUGCAGAUUGUGUGCUUUGUCUCUGGACCUUAAUGUUUAAUACUCUUGUGGUGAUGGAUCAGAUUACUGUAUGUCGAAACAGUUACUGCAUGCUUUCUUUUCUCUAUUGUGUUCUGCACAAUAGUAUCUCUCCUCUUGGGGCUUAGAACUAAGUUAUUCCUCAAGUACAAGGAUUUAAUGAAAGUCUAGUUUGAUGCCCUUCUUUUUAGUUGAUGACUUGUUCCUUUGCUGCGAGUGCUUCUUGCUAAGGGAUAGGCCUAUGAUUCUACUUGGCAGACAGUGAUUUGACAAGCUUGCUCUUUUUAAUGGUGUUGGCUCGUGACCGUGAAUCUAGAUGUCUCUUGGCAGAGAACCUUAUGUUGAGUUGCCCUUGUAUAAUUCCAAAUUGCCUUAUUUGGGGAGUGGUGGGAGGGUAAAAAAGUAUGUCCUACCUUCAUGGAAGGAGGCAGAUGGUGGCAUUUUGUAAUUGCUCCUGUUUCCCACAAGCCAAUGUUGUCUUCUCAUAAGCUGCUUCUUUUAUAAGAUAUGUGUACCUAUGAAAAUUGUCCUUUUUUUAACAUGGACACUAAAUUAGGUAGAACCUUUUGAAUAGCUGGAAAAGAGGUUUGUUUACCUUAUGAUACUUAAGGAUAAAUAAUCCACAGAAUUCUCCAGCAUAUUAUAUUUUAUUUUAUUUAACUCUUUGUACCUUCAUUCAGUAAAAUGUUUUUAUGUCCUGUAGAAAUGGUGCAAUAUAUAUGCUGCUAGACUAUGCAAUAACAAACAAUGCUGUUGUAAUGUCUUCAGUGCAUUGUCACCAUUUGACCUGAUCCUUCACUCAUUUACUACUUUGGUGUCAGCUAGUGCAUCGACUGGAUGGCUGGUCUGUGAUAGAGUGACGCCAACAGUGUGGGAUAAACUCCCACACCAGCUGAGGUUACCAUGAAGGACUCUCCUCCUCAACCUCUUCCCCUUUACCUGAGGCUGUUGUGCUCUAAUGGGAGAGUAGCCCUAUCGUCACUUUAUCUUGACUUUUACUGGGAAACUGCACACACAAGACCUGGUGCUACUUGUAUUAAAUAGCUUCAGUUAUUUCAUUUUCAGUCCCAUAAGAAACCUGUCUAUGGCCUGACUGAAAUACCCACUUCAAAAAUCUGCAAUCUGCAAUCUGUCCUUGUACUCACACCAGAUUCAUCACAGGCUAUAUUAAAAUGUUACUGUGGUUUUUGAAUGGAACAUGGCUAUUUGCUUCCUUCUGCUCUGCUAUAAUGAUUGCCUUUGCUUUUGAUAGGCUUUGAACUAGCUUCCUAACUGGUUAUUGGUGUGAUUGGUUAUAGUGUAUCCAGCUUGCACAAGUACAGAAAUGUCAGAGACCUUAAACGUUUUACAAAGAAAACUGUCAUUAUUGACAAAAAAUCCGAAUGAAGUAAAUUCCUUGCCAAUUGUUCAGACUUGGGUCAGAGCUCGUGCUUUUAAUUUUCCUGUUGUUCAAUGGUGGUGAGAGAUUACUUUGUACUUACUGUUUUUGAAUUUAUUGUCUGGAAGUUUAGUUUGUUGAACACCUCCAAAUACAUUUUUUCAAGAACUGGGCAUUUCAAAAAAAAAUGCUGCCUCAAUGAAUGUAGCAGAAGAAAUAGGAUGUUGCAUUUUCACACCCUGAAGGUUCUUAAUAUGCUAUUGUAAUACUGCAAAUGUACAGUUUAUGCUUAUUCUUGCACAUUUGGUUUGUGAAUUGCUUUCAUGGCUCUUAUACCUGUAAUUUUGGAGGAGCUGGAUUCUCGUUACAAGGUCCUAAUGUUUUAAAUCUCUGUCUCAAAAAAAAAAUAGCCAACUAAAUUCAUUUCCUUUGGUUAGACCAAUAGUAGCAGGGUUUUUUCUUCUGUGGGCUAUAUAAAUGAAGACAUGCAGCCUUUGAUUGAGGAAAGUUGCUGUAAAGUCUGAAUCUAAAUCCCUAUUUCCAUUCCCAGUCUGAGUAUAACUCAAAGUUGCUAGUUUUAUCAGACUUUGGAUUUACUAAUCAGUGAGCUAACUGAAGAAAAACCCUUUCCAAAUCUGAGGGCAUGAUAAAAUGCAAAGGCAGUUUGGAUAGCUGUCAGUGCAGACAUAUGGAUGGACUGAAUAUUACAAUAUUUGGAGGAGUGGGUGCUAGUGGAAUGAAAGCAGUUGAAGAGAUUUGGAUGAUUGACAGGUUGUGAUGAUCGCAUUGGAGUUGGAUGUGGAUUGGCAUGAAGGUAUUUUAGUUGCUGAAGUAAGAAUUAGUCUUCCAUCUCAAACGUCUGACAACUUAAGGUUCUUGUAAUGAGAUGCACGAGUCUAUCCCUGCAAGAAAUGAGUAGUGUGCUUUGGGCCAUAGUGAAUUCAUUUCAGACGUCACAGCUCCCUAGGCCUCCAUAAACAUUCUUUGUACUUACAGUUGCAUAUGCUUAGGUCUGUAUUUUUUCUUUAAAUACUUGCUUGACACGAAAGCCAUUGUUUUUAUUUAAUUGGCAAAUUCUGUAAUUGGUGAAAAAGGGCCUGUUCCAAAAUGUGAAUAUGUUGUUCCUUGACCUAGUGUAAUUAGUUCUUUGCUAUGUUAUAAUGUCACAUACAUCCACCCACUCUUGUAGAAAUGUCUGAUACCGAACAUUAAUAUACUGUGAAUCCAAGAAGUUUCUCGCUAUCACAGGAGUAUAUAAGUCAUAGUAGUAAGGUUGCACAGCCAAUUACUGUUGUCUGCAUUUAGUUUUCACAUUGGCUCAGAUUUGUAAACUGGUGUACAAAUGAGUACUGGAAAUGUGAUUUUGUUGUAGUUUUCACAAUUUUGAACUUAAAAUAUUAAACAAACGACAAUGUAGUUGUAGAGUUGGCCAACUGCCUUGGUGAAAUGUCAUAAUUUAAUAUCACUUUCUAAAUGAGCUUUGAAAAAUGGGACAGUAGGGAGGAAAAAGUCAUUUAUGUACUCAACUAAUAAUUAAACUGUUUUACAUUGAAGCUUUUAUUCCUGAUGCUAGAGUGUAUGGUACAUGUUGCCUUAGAAAUAUGAUGCCAGCCUAUUUUGAGACUGCAACAAGAAAAAGGCACGAACUUGUUUGGUUCCUAUCACUGGAGUAAUUUCUAAUACUAAUGCAUAUGUUCCCUUGACUUCUAAUUUCAGUGAAAAAUUGCUAAAAAUUCAGACUGUUUGUAUUUUGGUUUAAUAUUGAUUUUAGAAGAGGGGAAAUCUGAGGUCAUUGAGGGGAGCUACAGUUCCCCCAAUUAUGCAAACUGUUUCUGGAUAAUUCUGGAAGAGUUGUGUAUUUUUCUGAUUUGUAACUUUCCAUCCUGAUUGGAGUACCAGUGAUUCAUUUAGGCAUCAAGUUACCAAGUUGUCAAGCUUUUUUACUGCCAAAAUAUUGACUGUCUGUGUUACUUUCACGUGUUUUUGAAGUCUUGGAUUUCAGAAGCUAUUUUGGAACUGUUAACCAUUUCAGUAUUGUGCUCCAAUGCAAUAUAUGAAUUCUCUGAUAGAUGUGGAAGUCAUGCUGGAUUCUGUCAGAGUAUUGCCUGAUUUAGCCUGUAGGUCAACUAUCUGUUGAUAUACUGAAGUUAAGGCAGUACCAAUGAAACAAUCCUGCCUGACUGGUAAGUUUAACAAUGUCAUUACAUGUAUAUUCUUGUUCAUUAAAAUGUCACAAUAAACUUGCACAAAACACCCAAA